UUAGCUGUUUUUGUAGCCAGCACGUUGUUUGCGCGCGCGUUUUCUUGCACACACAACAAGCAAGCAAAUAAACAAAAAGGAAAUAAGUGUAGCAAAAACCAUAUUUGAGGAUGGGCAACCACAAAGUGUUGAAAACCGCUGGCAUGAACCUCAGAUAUUCGAUGUACGACUUCAUUGAUGCGGUCAAAAAGCAUCACAUCGUCUGGGAUCGAGAGCACAAAAACUUCCACAAUCGCGAAUUGCGCGAUCAGGCCUGGCAGCAGAUUGGCCAACAGCUGUGCAAGAAUUUCGAAGCAUCCAGCGACGUGGAAAAGCAGGAAAUCACGAAAACGCUGCUAAAACGCUGGAAAAACACACGCGACAGCUACUUGCGCGUUAAUCGCCUGCGCAAAGGUAGCAAGGAAAUCUGUCGCGCCUCCUACAUCUACGAGAAGGAACUGUGCUUCCUGCUGGACGUCAAGACAGAGGACGAGGAGACGCCACUGAAGGAGCAGUCGGAGGAGGAGCAACCAAAAGCGAAACGCAACGCAAAACUUAGCAUAGGAAGAACGCCGGCCAAGCGAAAUCGUUCAGAAUCGGAGAAUCCCAUUGAUGAGGCGGAGACUGUGCAACACAAAUUGGUCGAGGAUGAACUGGAGUCGGUGCUGGACACAUUCAGUUAUCCAACAAACCCAAACACAAUCUCUACUCUGCCCGGCAAUGCUACGGCUAACGAGAGAGCAACUUCCUCCUCAUUCAUAAUGGAUACUUCAAAUAGUACAACACAUUCUGCAGCUGCAGCUGCUUCACCUGAUCCCGAUCCCGAUCAGGCAUUCUUUGAUAGCAUUAAGCCGCACAUGCAACGCAUGAGCAGCGAUCAAAAACUGGACUUUCAAAUCGAAGUCUUGAAAAUACUUCGCAAUUUAAACCAAUUUGAUGCUCCCGCCUCAAUUUCAGCUGGUAUCCAAAAACAACUUUAAAUACAACUAAAACAAAUCUGACUGAAUUUGAUAGCAUAAAAUUAAAACAAACAUAAUAAAUUUCCGGCGCGUAAUAAAUCAAUCGCAUGUAAAAAAAAAAAAAUAACAGUGAAAGCAACAGCUGUUUGCCGUAACAGCGAUAACUUUUAACGAUUAAUUUUGUUAUGUUUUGAAAGCGAUCUGUUCUGCUGCACUGUAGCAUUUAAUGAA